GCGCGCCCUGUCCAUGGUGCGGGCGGCGGCGCGGGUGUCCCCGCGGCGGCAGGGCGGCGGCGUGGGGCUGCAUGGACGUGAUGUCCCCGCAACAGGAGCACCUCGGGCCGAGCCGCUCGUCCUCAGUGAGCGGCGAGGGCAGGGGCUUCGCCGCCGCAGAUAGCAAGAAGAAAAUGAAGAGUUUGGCCCAAAGACGUCAGUCUGCACCAUCUUUGAUCUUUGUCAAAGCACUUAACAGAUCUAGAUCAGUCUCCAGGGAAGGCUGCUUCUCUCCCAUCAGCCCAGAGGCAUGUCCCCUUGUGCAGUCUUUCAUGUGCCACAACCGAACAUUCAUCCUGGACGGGCAUGUGCAGCUGAAGACAGGUCUGCAGACCCAGGAGCGACACCUUUUCCUUUUCACAGACCUUCUGGUUGUUGCCAAGUCCAACAGGUCGCACUCUCAUUUCAAACUUAAGUGCCAAGCACGUCUCUGUGAGAUGUGGACAGCAUUUUGCACAGAAGAAGUCUGUGAGGGCAGCACAGAUCCAGAGAGGUCCUUUGUUUUGGGCUGGCCUACCACAAACUGUGUGGCAAACUUCAGGUCUGCAGAACAAAAGGAAACAUGGCUGUCUUUUUUACAAAGUCGAAUAAGAGAAGAGAAAGAAAAAGACUACCCGAAAAGCAUUCCUCUGAAGAUAAUUGCAAAGGACGUGGGAACUUGUGCAUAUUCAAAAACUCUAAGUGUAACCAAUGUUGAUACAGCAAACGAUGUGAUUCUGAUGGCCCUGCAGCAGCUGGGAAUUAAUGGCUCUGAAAAAGACUACAAGCUGUGGGUGAUUUCAGGAAGAGAAGAUGCUCCUUACCCUCUUAUUGGGCACGAAUUUCCCUUUGGAAUUAAAAUGAGCCACAUUCGAGAUGCCAUGCCCCACGGAUCAAAGCACUGUGCCUGCCCUAGGCAGCUUCAGGGGUCGUUUUUGACAGAGCAGCUGCCCCAGGAGCUGCAGUGCCAGUUUGUGCUGAAGCCAAGCCGCCUGGCUGUGUGCCAGCAACUGAACGACCUAAGCCAAAAGUCAUUUAAAAGGAAAAGAUCUAUCAUAAAUUGGGCUUUUUGGCGUGGCCCAGGCACUCACUUGGACAAUGCACCCCUCUCUUCAACAUCUGCUGCUCCUGGGAAGCUCUUUGGCCUCUUGCUAACAGCCAUCUGCGAGGAUGACAACCUGCCCAAACCCCUCUUGGACAUGCUUUCCCUCCUUUAUCAAGAGGGCCCUUCCACGGAGGGUAUUUUCAGACGCUCUGGAAGUGCAAAAACCUGCAAAGAGCUGAAGGAGAAGCUUGAUUCAGGUGCUGAGGUGGACCUAGCCUGCGAAUCCAUAUUUGUGACAGCAUCUUUAUUUAAGGAUUUUCUUCGCAACAUCCCAGGCAGCAUUUUGUCGUCUCAGCUCUGUGACAAGUGGGUCUCUGUGAUGGAUCAAGGGAACAAUGAAGAGAAGAUAAAAAGCAUCCAACGGUUAAUAGAGCAGCUCCCCAGAGCAAAUGUGGUUCUCUUGCGUUACCUCUUUGGAGUGCUGCAUGGAAUAGAAAUGCGAUCGGAAGAGAACCAGAUGAAUGCAUUUAACCUGGCUAUCUGCAUUGCACCUAGCCUGCUCUGGCCUCCUGUUUCCUCCACUCCUGAUGUAGAAAGUGAAUUUACAAAAAAGAUUUCUAGCCUGGUACAGUUCCUCACUGAGAAUUGCUGCAGGAUUUUUGGAGAGGAAAUCACCUCCCUCUUUGGAGAAAUACUGAUAACAUGCAAGAGAGAGAAUAGCUCAGAUGCUGCUUCUCUCCAUCUGAAUGACUCUUCCUAUGACAGCCUGGAAAACGAGGCAAACGAUGAAGCUGACUCUUCUUCUAGUGACUGGAUUAAGAACCGAGAUCAGGAUAACAGGAGCAGGGAGUCUGUCUUCACUCUGAGUGAUGGCGAUUCAGAGCAGACGGAGGUGGAUGAAAUCCAAAGUAAAACCAAAUCGAAGCAGUUGACAAUUUCUGCUGACAUACACCGGCGGUUUUCAUCACAAGAAAACUCAGAGAAGGAGUCUCUCUGCUCCAGCUCACGGGGCUUCUCUUCAGCAGCUACCUCAGGCACUCUCAAAACCUCGAGGAGGCACAGGCGCUCCUCAGAGCCCACAAUUGGCCUCCUAACACCGAGCUUUGGCCGCACUGCUGAUGGUCAUGAGAAGGCAACGAGGAAAGCCAGCUGUGAUGUUGUCCUGUCUCACGAAGAUGAAGACUAUCUCCAUCAGCUUCGGUCAUUGCAGAUGGAAGGGCAAAAGCUUAUCAAUCAGAGCUUGAUUAUAGGGAUUAACAUUGGUAAAAGUGACAACACAAACCAAAACACUGAAAAGAAAGGUUUGUCCCAUUGCCUCCUGCCUCCAGCUCUAGAGGGAUUAAAUACUUGCUCAGGAUUUAGCUCUUCUAGCCUGUCUUCUCCUGGGACAUCUCCAUCUGUGUCAUCAAUGAGCUCUCUGGACAGUGCUUUCUCUCAGUUUUCAGACCACUCUGUGUUUACCCCAACUGAAACCUCCUCCCCUUUUGAUAGCACUUUUCAGUCUUUAAAGAAGCGUGAUGAAAAUGCUGCUGAAGCGGCCGAUGACUGUUUGGUUGCACCCAGUAAGCUGCCACCAUCUUCACAACCUACCCAUGCUUUGGCUGAAGGGGGCUUGGUGGAGCCCAACCACAGGCCAGCACCCCUGAAAGCUACUGAUGGAGUCAACUGCUAUUUGUAUAAUCCUGACAUUCGGUCGUUACCUCCGAAAGUCACAGAAAGAGACAGACUUCAUGAUCCAAGAUCAAAGAGGAGGUCCAGAAGAGCAUUACAGCUAUCCAAAGUUUGAAGAGACUGAACAGAGCUUUUUGGCAGAGGAAUCUUAACUCUCCAAAUAAACACCAAGAAGGAAA